AUGCCUCCGAAACUAAACAAAAAGACUAAUGUCAUGAGUCUUUAUAAGACAUUCAUUGAUGCUUAUUUAAAAGCUCAUCGUAACGACGAACCAGGCGUGAGACAUCGUCGCGCAAUAGCUGAAUGGAAUGAAUUGAAAUGGAAUGAAGAAUAUGUGAAAGAGAAAAUUGAAGAAUAUUUAGAAACUUUUAAUCAAUUGGUUGCUACUCAAUCGAAUACAGCUGUUGAACAAGUAUUCAUUCCACGUCGAUCAUCAAAAGCAAAUAAAGUCAAAUCUGAUGCAUCAGAUGACCUUGAAGAAGAAGAUGAAGAACAAGAACAAGAACAAGAAGAAGAGAAGAAAAGUCGAAGAAAAAGUUACUUUACUAAGCCACCGAGUAAAGCAACUGAAGAUGAGAUAAACAUUGACGAAUUGACAAAAAUGCCAUCGGCGAUACCUGAUAUUGCAUUGGAACCAUUAGCGAAAGAAAAACGGCAGCCGGCACAAGAACGUGUUUUUAAAGAAUUAAGUUCGAUUAACGAACGCAUUGCUUCGCUAAUACAGAUUCGACAAAUGGGCUUAUUGACAGCAGAGAAUCGAAAGCAGUUGAAACAAUUGAUGGCAGAUAGAAGAAAGAAAGCUUUUGAACUACGACGUCUUCAAUUAAAAGUCAAAGCUUCGCAUCGAUAUCGCGAUAAACGAAAAAAGAUUGUGGAAAAUCUUUUCGAAACAAAACCAGAAUUGCGUCCAAAACUGAAAAAACUCUAUCGACCGGGCGGUGGACGGCCAACUAUUGAAGAACAAUAUCCUGAUCUAUUACAAAUCAUUGAAGAAAUUGCCAAAGUCGGAGGUGCAAGCGAUUGCGGACGUCGAUCCGAGAUCAUUCGACCUUGUUUGACAUUAGAUGAUCUAAGAGAAAAACUUCGACAACGAGGUUAUUAUGUCAAACGAACAACACUCUAUUAUCGUCUUUUACCUCAUCGUAUUAAUUCGAUCGAUGGUCGUCGACAUGUGCACACUGUUCCUGUUCGUCUUCGUCGUGCACAAAACGACGAACAUGGUAAGCACGACGAUGGCCAUUUUGCUGCUGCGACAAUUCGUUAUGUCAAGGACUUGAUUUCCAUAUUUGGCAAUGAUUGUGUCUUAUAUUUAUCUCAGGAUGAUAAAUGUAAAGUUCCUAUCGGUCUCCCUGCCGCUCGUGCACAAGCUCCGAUGUUGAUGCAUUUGGAUUAUCGCGUACGUCUACCGGAUCAUGACUGGACAGUUGCCCCGCGUCAUCAACUAACGCCAAGUGUGUAUGCGGCAUGUCUUCUAUCCUCUGAUGGAACAUUGAGCCAUUGCGGACCGACAUACAUCGCCAUACGUUCGGCUAAACACGAUCUGUCCAGCGCCGAAUCUCACGCAGCUGAUUUUGAUCGUCUUGUUAGCUUGAAAGAAUUUGAGAAUAUUGCACGAGAUAAGGCCAAUCAAGUCAAACCGAUUGUGGUGUUCACAGUCGACGGUGGUCCGGAUGAAAAUCCACGUUUUCCAAAAACAUUGGUAGCUUGCAUUAAGAAAUUCAAGAAAUACAAUAUGGACGCAUUGUUCGUUCUUACAUAUGCUCCGGGUCAAUCGGCCUACAAUAUUGUUGAACACCGUAUGGCACCUUUGUCUCAUGAUAUGGCUGGUCUCAUUCUUCCUCACGAUUUCUAUGGCUCGCAUCUGAGUGAUUCAGGUGUAACAACAAAUAUCGACCUAGAGAAAAUGAAUUUUCGCAAAGCUGGAGAAAUUUUAGCUGAAACGUGGAAUCAAACCGUUGUCGAUGGAUUUUCAUGUGUCGCAGAGUACAUCAGUCCACCGGCAACAACCGAAGAUGAACGAAGACAAAGCGAUAUCAAAUAUAUCAUCGAUAGUCUUUUACGAGAAAUUUGUGCGGAUGAAGAAGCAGAAGGAGAAGGACACGGGCAUCGUGUAUCAGCACGGGAUGAAUACCAUCAGGAAAAUGCCCGUCCGGCAAGAGAAAAACUUAGUGAGCCAAUGAAAUAUGACAUCGAUGAAUAUUGGUGUGCAACACAUGUUUUACAAACACAGUAUACUUUACAGAUUAUUCGUUGUAAUUCCAUUUCAUGUUGUGGACCAUGGCGAUCGAAUUAUGUGAAGAUCUUUCCACAUCGAUUCUUACCAUCACCGGUCCCGUUCGAACGAACCGUUCACGGCAUUCGAGUAGCUGAGAAAGAUUAUCAGAAAGGAAUAUUUUACGGUUCGUUAUUUCAACGAAUUCAAUUCCAUGGAAUUGUUAUCCAACAUACGCAAAACGAAAUGUUACCAUUUGAUUACUGUUGUGCAUCGGUUAAAAAAGAAUUGAAAAAACGGACUUGUCAAAUAUGUAAUCAAUACAUUCCGUCAGCAUAUCGAAUGAAAAACCAUUAUAAAAUUCAUGCACAACACUACGACGAUUUCGAUCAUGACCAAGACGAUACUCUGCCACCUUCGGAAAAUGCUCAAUCAAUAAAUCCAACUUCAACAAAACAGAUAUUAGACUGGCUUCAAUCAGAUACGAACGUCAGCGUUACUGUGGACAGAGUUACAGAUUCUUCCGAUACAUGCUAA